CAUACAUUACCUUAUUCCUCAGUCAUCUUUCUAAAUAUAUCUUCAAACAGCAUCACAAAACAAUAAAACCCCAUUUGGAAACUUCAAAUCUUUUCAGACAAAACUUGCAAAAUAUGGACCAAAAUUUUGGUUCACAAUGUAGCAGUGGGGGUGAAUCUGGUUGGACUUUCUACUUGGAGAAAUCCAAAAAUGUUGUUGACGAUGAAGAAGAAGAAGAAGAUGAUGAUUUGUCAAUGGUUUCAGAUGCAUCUUCAGGUCCACCAUAUGUUCAACACCAAGAACAAGAAUGUAAUAAUACUUGUGCUUUUAAUGAAUACAAAAAAGAAAAGAUUGUAAAAGAUGCAAAAAAGAUUCAAGAUUUGCCUUGUUAUAUUGAUGACACCUCUAGCUCUUCCUUCUCUGACUUCUCUCAUGUAUUCCGCUUUCUUUCAUUGUAUCUUCAUGUGGGAGAUAACCAAGAUAUAAUGAAGGGUGAUAACGUUAUCGUAGAUUAUUCAAAGGAUCAAAUCAAGAGUAAAUCAAGAUUGCAAGAUCAAUAUGGGCUUUUUGACUCCUCUGUUUCUGCCACUCAAUCGCAACAAAACCAGUUAUGUCCAACCUUUAAAGUUUAAAAUAUGCAAUAUUGUUCAUAUCUUUGUAAGAACGGCAUGUUUUGCCCAUAUGGUUAUGAAAGAAGGAGAUGCCGUUGAGGCGUUGAGCCCAUAAAUGCCAAAUAAUAGCGGAUAGCAAGUUAGAGAAAUAUGCUUUGUAUAUCUUUUGAAGGAGAAUCUGUAUCAAUAUAUCGAACUAGUUAUGUCAUUACUUUUGUUUUAUUGUAAAAAGAGUGUAAAUUUAUAUCCGAAAAAAUGGUUAUUGAGUAGCAAAAAUCUUAG